AUGGAUCAAAUGGAAGUAAAUGGCAAUGGCGACGCGUUCAAUUUCGAUGCAGAAGCUGACGAUCCGUUCGCUAUACCCCCGCCAUUGAACGACUUGAUCCUUGAAGAGGAUCCUGCCGACAUAGCUGGGCAAGAGAUAAACCUACAGGAUAAUGUUGAUGGCGAUCAGACACAAGAUAGCGCAGAAAAGAAGAAGAAAAAACGAGCAUUUAAACCCAGGGUUAAUUUAAACGAAGAACG